UGCAGAGGCAGCCACUGUGCUGUCAGAGGCAGCAGAGGAACAGCAGAAGGAGGCAGCUCAUCUUCUACUUACUGGUAACCUCUUAUUUGGCAGACCACCUCCCCAGCUGGAGGACAUCCUCUCCCCCAUAGGGGCAGCCAUGCUGACUCUGGGGGGCGCUUGGCUCUUAUACCCCUGCUGGCUGUGCUGCUGGGUUUGUCUAGUGCUGGUUUCUGGACAGGAGCUGUAUGCCCCCCAUUCCAUCAGGAUAGAAGGAGAUAUCACUUUGGGGGGACUCUUUCCUGUUCAUUCCAAGGGGCUCCCAGGUCUGCCUUGUGGGGACAUCAGAAAGGAAAAUGGAAUACAUAGGCUUGAGGCUAUGCUUUAUGCAUUGGACCAAAUCAACAGUGACCAGGAGCUUUUGCCAAAUAUUACCCUGGGGGCUCGGAUUUUGGACACUUGCUCCAAGGACACCUAUGCGCUGGAGCAAUCCCUGACAUUUGUCCAGGCUCUUAUCCAGAAGGAUACCUCUGAUGUGCGCUGCACCAACGGCGACCCUCCAGUUUUUGUGCGACCGGAGAAAGUAGUUGGAGUUAUUGGUGCAUCUGAAAGUUCUGUGUCCAUAAUGGUUGCGAAUAUUCUGCGACUUUUCCAGAUUCCUCAGAUCAGUUAUGGUUCUACUGCUCCUGAAUUGAGCGAUGACCGAAGAUAUGACUUCUUCUCCAGAGUGGUACCUCCCGAUUCAUUCCAGGCUCAGGCCAUGGUGGACAUUGUAAAAGCAUUGGGAUGGAGCUACGUGUCUACGCUGGCAUCAGAAGGCAGCUACGGAGAGAAAGGAGUAGAAUCAUUUAUGCAGAUAUCACGGGAAGAAGGAGGUCUCUGCAUCGCUCAGUCUCUGAAAAUACCACAUAACAGCAGACCAAACGAUUUUGACAAGAUCGUCAAGCAAUUGCUAGAGACGCCGCAAGCCCGCGCUGUGGUUGUUUUUGCCAAUGAAGAUGAUGACAUCAGACAGGUUUUGGCUGCAGUUAAGAGAGCAGACCAACUAGGACACUUCCACUGGGUCGCGUCUGACAGCUGGGGGUCUAAGACUGCUCCAAUAAGUGAUCUUGAGGAUGUGGCUGAAGGUGCAAUCACUAUUCUUCCAAAGAGAGCAAUCAACGAUGGUUUUGAGGUAUAUUUUACAUCGCGGACCUUGGAAAAUAACAGGAGAAAUGUGUGGUUUGCAGAAUACUGGGAAGAAAAUUUCAACUGCAAGUUAACUAUUACCGGCUCAAAAAAAGAGGACACUGAUCGCAAGUGUACAGGCCAAGAGCGCAUCGGUCAAGACUCGAAAUAUGAACAGGACGGCAGGGUCCAGUUUGUCGUAGAUGCCGUGUAUGCCAUGGCACACGCUCUGCAUAAUAUGAACAAGGACCUGUGUCCAGGUUUCUCUGGACUUUGCCCCGAGAUGGAGCAUGCAGGGGGGAAGAAACUGCUUAAAUACAUCCGCAACGUCAGCUUUAAUGGCAGCGCCGGGACGCCUGUGAUGUUUAAUAAGAAUGGGGAUACUUUGGGACGAUAUGACAUCUUCCAGUACCAAAUCAUAAACAACAGCACACAAGGAUACAAACUAAUCGGACAGUGGACGGACGAACUACAACUUAAUAUUGAUGACAUGCAGUGGGCUAGAGGGAUUCAUGAGGUACCAUCAUCUGUCUGCAGCUUGCCUUGCAAGAUGGGAGAGAGGAAGAAAAUAAUGAAGAAUGUCCCUUGCUGUUGGCAGUGUGACCUGUGUGAUGGCUACAAGUACCUGAAGGACGAGGUCACUUGUUACACCUGUGAAUUCAACAUGAAACCCAAUAAAAACCGCACUGGCUGUGAUCCCAUUCCUGUUGUCAAACUAGAGUGGCACUCGCCAUGGGCCGUAAUACCUGUUUUCCUGGCCAUGCUAGGUAUAAUUGCUACCAUCUUUGUGAUGGCAACCUUCAUACGAUACAAUGACACUCCUAUUGUUCGAGCUUCUGGCAGGGAACUUAGUUAUGUCUUGCUUACAGGAAUCUUUCUCUGCUACAUCAUCACAUUCCUCAUGAUUGCUAAGCCUGAUGUGGCUGUGUGUUCCUUCAGACGACUCUUCUUGGGAUUGGGUAUGUGCAUCAGCUAUGCAGCACUCUUAACAAAGACCAACAGGAUCUACAGGAUAUUUGAACAGGGUAAAAAGUCAGUGACUGCCCCUAGGCUUAUCAGCCCCACAUCACAGUUGGCCAUCACUUCCAGUUUGAUAUCUGUCCAGCUUCUAGGAGUUUUUAUUUGGUUUGGGGUUAACCCUCCUAGCAUCACCAUUGAGUAUGGACAGGGAACUGUGGAUCCCGAGGAAGCCAGGGGUGUCCUAAAGUGUGACAUUACGGAUCUACAAAUCAUUUGUUCCUUGGGGUAUAGCAUCCUUCUCAUGGUGACAUGCACUGUGUAUGCCAUCAAGACAAGGGGUGUCCCAGAGAACUUCAAUGAAGCUAAGCCUAUAGGCUUCACCAUGUAUACUACCUGCAUAGUGUGGUUGGCUUUCAUUCCAAUAUUUUUUGGGACCUCACAGUCAGCAGAAAAGCUCUACAUCCAGACCACAACGUUAACCAUUUCUAUGAAUCUCAGUGCUUCUGUGGCUCUUGGGAUGCUCUACAUGCCGAAAGUUUACAUCAUCAUCUUCCACCCGGAGCUCAACGUCCAGAAACGCAAGCGGAGCUUUAAGGCAGUGGUCACGGCGGCCACAAUGUCAUCUCGUCUUUCGCACAAACCUAGCGACCGACCCAACGGGGAAGCCAAGACAGAGCUUUGUGAGAACGUGAACCCUAACAGUCCAGCGACCAAGAAGAAAUACGUCAGUUAUAACAACUUGGUGAUAUAGGCAUCUUCCUUGUGAAAGAUGAUAGGAGCAGCAACAUUUUCACUUACUACGUCGUGUGGUGCGGUUUGCUCCCCUUCCACCCAGUGCCUCUCCCACGGCGGCCAAUCAUGGGACGAGAGGAGUUACUGGGACAUGAUGGUGCACGGCCCUUGAGGACUGGGGACAGCUGCUUCAUCCAAGCCAUCUGAACUGUUCCUGGUUUGUCUCUCAAGACCUAGGACCAAGCAAUGGGUGCCAAGCCCCGUAUGAAGCAAGUUUGUGAGCGGGAGUUACCCGGGCUCUUCCGCCUCUCUCGGGACCAUCAGACUCAGACCUUUCUGUACAGUUUCUGAGAACUUUUUACAUGCAAACCUUUUACCCUUUCAUGUUUCUUCUUUUUGUAUUAAUUUUGUCUUUUUUUGGGGUGGGGGUUUAUUCUCAUGUGACACUUGUCUCCCCAGCUAUGAGCACUUCACUAAAUCGGCUUCCAUGUCAAAGCACACUCCUCAUAUGGUUCGCCCAUUCCUCUUUAUUUUUUCCACCCCGGUCCUCUGUUUGUUGGUUCCCCCUCAUUAAUUCAUGAACAAAAGACAAGGUUUCUUUAAUGACCAAAAACUGUGUGAGCAACGCAGACCAUUCCUGAGCGUGAUUGGCUGGCAGGAUCUGGUAUGUGAUUGGCUAUUGCCCUGGGGGUCUCCUGUUUCCGAAUGCAUGUCCUAUCUCAGCUUUAUUAUUUUUUUCUUUUUCUGUCGGAGGAUUCUGCUGUUUGUGUUUGGUUUCUAUUCAUUUGCCCGUGACUAGGGUUUUGUCGACAGGAACGUGGGGUGUGGUGGCCAUGAUUUUAAUCCACCUCUGGGGAUCUGUCCGAGCCUAGUCUGUGAGGGCCACUCCGUGGACUCCAAUGUGACAAAAAGCAUGUAUGUUUUCUACUGUUUGUAAUGAGUAUUUUCUGCUUACGUGCCAACCUCGUGAAACACCCUUCCCAAAACGCCCUGUGAUAUUGUCAGAGAAUGUAUCAAUAAAAGAUUUUGAUUAUCUUUUCUAUUCAA